AUGUGUGGAAGGUGUGUGAACCUUCCUCUCCAGGUUGGACAUCAGCUUCUAGAAGAACACAAGAAGAGUCUGAGGAGGAGAUGUGAACGUGUGACUGAAGGAAGUGAUGAAGCAGGAGGAGGAAGCCUCCUCAACAGGAUCUACACUGAGCUCCACAUCACAGAGGAACACAGUGAGGAGCUUCAGAGGGAACCUGAGCUGAAGCUUCUGGAGACAGCUUCCAGGAAGAAGAGCCUCCGUCACUCUGCCAUCAGGGAGGAGAGCCUCCGUCACUCUGCCAUCAGGGUUCAGGACAUCUUCAAAGCCUCGGCCCAGCAGCUCAGACACAUCCGAGUGGUUGUGACCAGCGGCGUGGCCGGCAGUGGAAAAACCUUCUCGGUGCACAAGUUCAGUCUGGACUGGGCCGAGGGCCUGGAGAACCAGGAUGUGGGGGUGCUGGUGGUGCUCUCCUUCAGGGAGCUGAACCUGCUGGGAGAGCGGCCGUACAGCCUCCUCUCGCUGCUGGCUGUUUUCCAUCCCACGCUCCAGAAGCUGACGGCAGAGGAGCUGGAUGUCUGCAGGCUGCUCUUCAUCUUUGACGGUCUGGAUGAAAGCAGACUUUCUCUGGACUUCAGCAGCAGCCGGCGGCUGCUUGACGUCUCCCAGCAGUCUUCAGUCAGCGAGCUGCUCACUAACCUCAUCCGGGGGGAUCUGCUGCCCUCGGCUCGGGUCUGGAUCACUUCUCGACCGGCGGCGGCCCAUCAGAUCCCUCCAACAUGUGUGGACAGACUGACAGAAGUGCGAGGCUUCACUGACGCCCAGAAGGAGGAGUACUUCAGGAGGAGGCUGAGUGAUGAGGAGCUGAGCAGCAGGAUCAUCUCCCACAUCCAGACCUCCAGGAGCCUCCACGUCAUGUGUGGAAUCCCAGUCUUCUGCUGGAUCACUGCUACAGUUCUGGAGCACAUGUUGAGCAGCGAGCAGAGAGGAGAGCUGCCCCAGACCCUGACUGACAUGUACUCCCACUUUGUGCUGGUUCAGACACACAGGAAGAAGCUCAAGUACCAUGAAGGACCUGAGACGGGUCCACAGGAGCUGACGGAGGCUGACAGGGAGCUUCUUCUGAAGCUGGGCAGGAUGGCCUUGGAACACCUGGACAGAGGAAACAUCCUGUUCUACCAAGAAGACCUGGAGCAGUGUGGUCUGGAUGUGACUGAGGCCUCGCUGUACUCUGGAAUCUGUACUCAGAUCUUCAGAAGAGAGUCUAUGAUCUUCCAGAAAGCCGUCUACAGCUUCGUCCAUCUGAGUGUUCAGGAGUUUCUGGCUGCAGUCUCCAUGUUCCACUGUUUCACCAGCAGGAAGACAGAUGUACUGAAGACCUUCUUUGGAGAGGAUCAUGCUUUCAGAUCUCUUGAUGAUUUGCUGGUGGUCGUCCUGGAGAAAUCCGUCAGAAGUGGGAACGGCCACCUGGACCUGUUUGUCCGCUUCCUUCAUGGCCUCUCUCUGGAAUCCAACCAGAGACUCUUAGAAGGUCUGCUGGGUCAGACAGAGAUCAGUCCAGAAAUCAUCCAGAGAGUCAUCCAGAACCUGAAGAAGAUCAACAGUGAAAAAGUGUCUCCUGACAGAAGCAUCAACAUCUUCCACUGUCUGAUGGAGAUGAAGGACCUCUCAGUACAUCAGGAGAUCCAAGAGUUCCUGCAGUCAGAGAACAGAUCAGAGAAGAAACUUUCUGAGAUCCACUGCUCAGCUCUGGCCUACAUGCUGCAGAUGUCAGACCAGGUCCUGGAGGAGUUUAACCUGAAGAACUACAACACAUCAUGGGAGGGACGAUGGAGACUGAUCCCAGCUGUGAAGAACUGCAGGAAGGCUGAUCUUUCUCGCUGUGGACUCUCUGAUCCUCACUGUGAAGUGAUCUCCUCAGCUCUGAAGUCUGACCCCUCCCAUCUGAAACAUCUGGACCUGAGUGUGAACAUCCUGAAGGAUUCAUCAGUGAAGAUUCUGUGUUCUGGACUGGAGAGUCCAAACUGUAAACUGGAGACUCUGAGGUUGGAUUUCUGCGUUUUGUCAGAGAUCAGCUGUUCUUCUCUGACCUCAGCUCUGAAGUCCAACCCCUCCCUCCAGAAACAUCUGGAACAUCUGAUCCUCAGUGACAACUAUGGUCUUCGUGAUUCAGGAGUUUCUCAGCUGUGUGGUUUUCUGCAGAGUCCACUCUGCCGUCUGAAGACUCUGAGGUUGGAGAGCUGCAGUUUGUCAGAGAUCAGCUGUUCUUCUGUGGCCUCAGCUAUGAAGUCCAACCCCUCCCUCCAGAAACAUCUGGAACAUCUGAACCUGAGCCGGAACCCUCUUCAGGAUUCUGGAGUUUCUCAGCUGUGUGGUUUUCUGCAGAGUCCACUCUGCCGUCUGAAGACUCUGAGGUUGGAGGGCUGCAGGUUGUCAGAGAUCAGCUGUUCUUCUCUGGCCUCAGCU